UGCGUAAGUUUAUUUUGUUUUCAUCAACUUCUGCCUUAUAAAAUGCUAGUUCUGAUCAAGAUUCUUGGUCAAGGAAAAGCUGUUUUUAUUGACAUUGCUGUUGUGACACUGAGGAAUCUUGUAGGGGAGGAUAUAUGAGGAUGGGAGGGGAGAUUGCUUCAGUAAAGAAUAGCAUGGAGCACCAUCCUUUCCAUUCGGAUUUUCUGGAUCUUCAAGAUUGUCAAAGACCACAGAAGUUUUCUGAUGACAACAUGAGAAAACAGGAUUUUGUUGGUGAUCAUAACAACGAUUUGACUGGCCAGUUUCACUGUAAUGAGGCAGAAAGGUCACGUGAACAUAAAUCUCAUGCUUCCCAGGAACGUAAUGAAGAACGUAAAAGAUUUAGACGAAACACGGACAGAACUAAGCAAUGCGGCACUGUUUCCGCUUGGAUUCGCCGUCCAAGUACCAAAGAGAAAGAUGCUAAAAGGAAGACGAAUAGAUCUGAAUCAUCUGAUGUGAAAGGACGCUGCAAGAAACAUUAGAGUCACUCAGAAUCCGGUAAGAGGUCAAUGACAUAAGAAAGCAAAACUUCGUUUAUGGUUCCAGAAAUUUUAGGCACUAUCCAGAGUCAAGGAGUUGAGAGCUGGGUCAUGAUAGAUGGAGGAUGGUCAGGUCAGGAUGAUGAAGAAGAUUAUUGUUUCUAUAAAAAGGUUUAAUGAGGAAGCAACCGGAACACCGUUUUAAGGUAAAUGUGUACAUACUGGCUACUGCAUGUCUCAACAAGGUGAUUCAUCUGAUACCUUUCCAAUUCCAAAUUGGAUUUGUAUGAGAAGGUGUUUAUUGUCUUAUAUCUGGUUGAAGUGUUGAAUUUAGUACAAUUCAGACAAUAGGGAAGUGUUCUGGUGCAAUAUGGAUUCUCUGUUGGUUUUUGAUACAAAUCUAGUUAAGUGGGGUCAGUUCUGGAUAGUUGCUUCUUCCCUUCUUGGAUAACUAUACUGCAGUGAUUGGCAACUAACCUUCUUAAUUUUUUUAGCUUGAGCUCUGGGAACUUCAAGCAAAAGCAGUAACUUGAGGAGCAUGGUUAAUUUAUUGAUGUUUUCAUGCUUUAUGCCACGGAAUCUGUGUUCGUAUGCUUUAUGCCACGGAAUCUAUGUUCGUAGGCUUUAUCCCACGGAAUCUUCUUUUUGCGUAGCUGUUGAAGCUGGUUAAGGUAUGUUCUUGUGAGUUAAUUUCCGGCUUGCAAUCAACCUGAGUGGGUUCUGCUAUUUGAGGUGGAUGUGGCUUGUCAUAUGAAGCAUUUUGCAAGGUCAAAAUGAACCACCUCUUUCUAGA